AUGAUUAAAGAUGUUAACGUCUCCCAAACCCGAUCCCGCUCAGUGCUUUCGAGGCCACUCAAACGUGGAACGGCUUGUAUGAAUUGCAGAUUUCUCAAAAUCGUGUGUGGCCCAGUACCAUUUCUCCAACAAAAGCUGACCUACCCUCUCCAGAAAUGCGAUGGCAUUCGCCCCACUUGCGGACCUUGUCGAAAACAACCCAAGGAAGACCAAUGCGAAUACACAGACGGUCCUACUCGCUCUAGAACUAAAGCACUCGAAGACACCGUUCAACGAUUGGAGGCUCGGUUAUUAGAGCUCGAACGUCCUGAAGCGAACACCCCUUCAGUCACCCUUCACGACCCAUAUUCCACCUACCCGCAGCCACAAAACCAACCUUCAUUACCCCUUGGCCACAGGUCGCUUCCCGUGACACCAUUUGAGGGACUGCCACGUAUCCUUACUCCCGCCUCUCCCAUCUCGCAUCUGGAUUCAUUCUCACCUCCUCCUUCAACCACGGCCAGUACUCCGCCAUUCGGCUUGCCUGGGAAUGCAUUGAGUCCAUUGGGAAUUUUCGAUGCACGUGUAGUUGUUACACCCGAGUCAAGUGUUUCGUCAGGUUUGGACUUUCAGGAUGUUCAGUUAUGGGAUACAUUGAUUCAAAAUUUCCUGCCCCACGGGCCCCAAUUUGGCUUCUUCCUUGACCCCCAACGCCUGAUAUCGCGGUCCGCGUCUCCGACCAGCGCUACCUCUUUCCUUCAACGAACUUCGCCUGCUCUCCUUCACACGCUUUGUGCUUUUGGAGCACAUCUCUCCGCUCCCCGUGAUCGAGUCACCGAGGAUAGAUUCGUCUUUCGAGCUCUGCAGGCAACUGCCAGCACAACCGACUUUGCGACGCCACAAAUCCUACUCCAUACCAUCCAAGCCGAAGUUUUAUUAGCCUACUACCUCUGGCGAACCGGCUCUCUCCUCCGAGCACGGGUACACGUAAACAAUGCCGCCUCACUGGUCAUUGGAGCUGGACUUCAUCGGAAUCGUUCAACCGUUUUGACGAUUUCCGAGAGUCAUAAUAGCAUUGAACACCAUCAUAUAUCCUCUGCAAACGACACUCUUGACGUUGGGGAGCGCACUCGAGCGGUCUGGGCAGUCAUCACGCUUCAGAAACUGUUUGCGAUUUCGCUCGAUGGAGAAGAGGCACCGCAGGAAACAUGUGGUCUGUUUGAGCAUGUUGCGGUCGAGCUGCCGUGGCCGAGGGAAGUUGAGGAAUAUCGCGACAUCCAUGGUUUGUUCCCCAACACAGCGGGGGACCAGACGAUGAAAAAGUACCUUGGCGGCCACGACCGAGACGGUGGGAAUGAUUCGCUCAACACAAUGCUCGUCAAGGCAACAUUGUUGUUGCAUCGCACAGUCUAUAUGCAUGGCCAAUGGGCCGCUGCGUCGACACCGCCUGCCCAGCAGGGCGUUAUAAACGCUUUCCACACUGUCGCAGAUCUGGCCACCAUUCUUCGCAGUCAACUCCCUUCCCGCUACCCGCCCAAUCCCCGCAGGUCGCCCUCCAACUCAUCGCACUCCUCUGGGUCAUCGAACUACAGUCACUCCCCGCCAUAUGGUGUCAUUCCAGUGGAUGAGCGGGUUCGGCUGGCCCAUGCUUUCUUGGAUGGAACGACGAUGCGUCUCCACCAACUCGAGGUCGUGAUGAGCGGGUAUGGCUACGACGUGGCUAACGCGCGAUCAGCCUGUGUUCAUAGUGCUGUCGAGAUGUUGAAGGAUUCCCAAGGGAUGUCAGUGGUCAGUCCCAUUAUGGGGACUCUCUGGCGUUGGGCAAUCGGGUGUCUGUCUGAAGAGCUUCAGAAUAUCCGCCAGCAGCAGCAGCAACCUAACUGGUCAUACGACUACAACUACGAGAACGAGCUCCAGACGUGUCUUCAGGAAGGGUUCAACGCGCUUCGAGCGAGUGCGAGGGACAGUGUCUACAUGCGCCGAGAGCUCGAGUUGGCUGGGAUCCGAAACGAAAUGGCGACGGGGAUUGGAGUCUGA